GUCUAUUUUCAUCACUACCAUUAUGUUCAAGGCCUUUGAGUUCUCUUACUCUUAGAAUAGUUUAUCUCCCUCUAUCUUAACUACUUAGGGAAAUUCUGUUUUGUCAUACACCAACGUUGACACGCUUGUGUCUGCCACAGAGAAGGAAGGAGCAGAAGUUGCACAACCAGAAACAGCUGUAGUCGACAAAGUCUUGUUCCUGUUCAAUAAUCUAUCCCAAAGCAAUAUGAACACUAAAAAGGACGAGAUAUUAGCACUAAUCGAAGAAAAUGGUGAACCGUUUAUUCGAUGGUUCGCACAGUAUAUAGUGAUGAAGCGGGUAUCAAUCGAGCAGAAUUUCCUGCCUCUUUACAAUCAAUUUGUCCAAGCUAUUAAUCAUCCCCUAUUGGAUGUACAUAUCAAAAGGGAGACAUUCAGGAAUAUUAGGAUUCUACUGCGAUCGGAUAAACGCCAAGCUGCUUCCAAUUACAGUGAUCGCCAACUUCUUAAGAAUCUUGGCAUGUGGCUAGGAUCCAUCACGAUAGCUAGGAAUAAGCCGAUUCUUAUACACGAGUUGGACCUAAAAGCUUUGCUUAUGGAAGCGUACUAUAAAGGACAGCAGGAAUUGCUGUUUGUUGUACCAUUCAUCGCGAAAAUCGUGUUAUCUUGCGGCAAAACGCAGGUGUGUUCCACUUUUAGUACUGCCUAUUUAGUGAUUAAACUAGGUUCUGUUAAAUCUAGACCUUAA